UGUUUACGGUUAAAAUCGCUUUGGUAUUUAAAAGCAUGGAAUACCUACCCGCAGAAGUUAUUUGUUUACGCCAAACUUAGCAAUAUUAACUGCGUAAAUUCUGUUAUAAAUGCAGGGGAGUGCGUGUCUAUAUUCUUCUUUCAAUAGGUUUAACACAAUUUCGGUAACCUUUGUACAAAACUCGUUCCUAUGAAGGUAAGAAGGUAAACUAGGGUCAGCGACGGAGAGAGAUGUUAUCAGUUUGAAUCUAACUAUGUCGGAUAUAACAACAGAGUUGCAAAAAAGUGCCGCCAUCGUACGGAUAUCGGAAGAGGAUAUCAGAUCGAUAUCGGAGGAAAUGAGACUGAAACUCACACCGGAAGAGACUAGCGCCAUCUAUGAGUGGUGUGGGGAGACCUGUAGAAGCUACCAGAGAGUGUACGAGCUGAUCCCGCCCACUCCUUUAGUGCGGUAUCCAAGGACGCCGGGUUACAGGGAACAGGAAGAUGAUUCCUGGUAUUACCGAUGUGACAUCAAAGGUGCAGAAGAAGGACUUUUGGCGGGAAAAACAGUUGCCAUCAAAGACAAUGUGAGUGUGGCGGGGGUCCCGAUGAUGAACGGAAGUAAGCUCCUGGAGGGGUUCGUGCCCGACAAAGACGCCACUGUAGUGACCAGGAUACUGGAUGCAGGGGGUCGGAUUCUAGGUAAAGCUGUGUGCGAGGACUUAUGCUGUUCCGCGAGUAGCUUUACUUCCGCUUCCGGACCCGUCAAAAACCCGUAUGAUCCAACAAGAAGUACAGGUGGUUCGAGUUCCGGCUCGGCGUCUCUGGUUGCCAGAAAAGUAGUAGAUGUUGCUAUUGGAGGAGACCAAGGGGGCUCAAUUCGUAUUCCCGCCAGCUGGUGUGGAAUUGUGGGAUUGAAGCCGACCUAUGGCUUGGUGCCAUACACCGGUGUGAUGCCAGUCGAAAAAACUCUAGAUCACGUUGGGCCCAUGACAAGAACUGUGGAGGACUGUGCGUCUCUGCUUGAAGUGAUUACUGGCUACGAUGAUGGAAAUGACCCCCGCCAGUUUCCUGCCCUACCCCACCCACCGUACUCUAAACUGGUUAACUAUGGGAUAAAAGGAAAGAAAAUUGGUCUCCUUAAAGAAGGAUUCAAAGACAUGGAUGAAGAGGUGGCGAGGGUCGUCAGACAGGCGGCCUUGACCCUGGAGGAGGCGGGGGCGGAGGUGUCUGACGUGUCCCUCCCUAUCCACAACGACGGCAAAGCCAUAUGGUCUCCAAUAACCUUCGAAGGAACAUAUCAAAUGAUGGUUAAAGGAAAUGGUCACGGGUAUGGUUGGAAAGGGACGUACGAUCUUCAGUUACAGGAGGCUUUAGCAAAAGCCUACAACCUUCGACCGUUUGACUGCCCAAUGACGCUUAAAAUCGCAAUGAUAUUUUCUGAAUACAUUCAGAGGAAUUACCAAAGCAAAUUUUACAGCAAAGCCCAGAAUCUAGUCCAACACUUGACAAAGGAGUAUAAUCGUAUUCUAAAGGAUUAUGACGUCAUGGUCAUGCCAACAUUACCAUCCAUAGCUUAUAAGCUGCCAACCAGUAACAAUACCUUACGCGAGACACUGAAACUUGCGCAAGGCAUGGUUAAAAACACGAAGCCUUUCAAUCUUACUGGACAUCCCGCCACAAUCAAUGCAGGUUUCAUCGAGGGUCUGCCUUGUGGGAUGAUGAUAGUGGGCAGAAUGUUUGAUGACCUCACGGUUCUUCAGGUCGCGCGAGCCUUCGAGAAAUUGCGAGACUGCUAAUUAACAACCACAUCAGUUUUUUGUUAGCCUUACAUGUUUUAUUUAUAUUGAACCACCUGUUUUUAACAAAGCAAGAUGUUAAAACCUGUGCGUCCAUAAACAGGACAGCUGUGAUUCUGAACUUAUGUAUGCCGGUGUGCAACUAUCAAAUAUAUAUAUAUAUAUAGUUGAUAAUUGUUGUCUAUGUUUAUGUGUUUAACAUUGAAUGUCCAUGUUAUACAUGUUAAAUGCUUCCUGAUCAUGUACUUUAAUGUUUUAAUGCACUAUUACCCAAUCUAGA